AUGCCCAGGUAUACUGAAGAUGUGCCUCAGAAGCUGCUGAGCCAUGGCACAAAGCCCUUCAGUCAGCAUGUGAGGAAGCAGUGUACCAGCAUCACUCCAGGGACUGUCCUGAUCAUCCUCACUGGACGCCACAGGGGCAAGAGGGUGGUUUUCCUGAAGCAGCUGGGCAGCGGCUUGCUACUUGUGACAGGACCUCUUGCCCUCAACAGAGUUCCUCUGCGAAGAACACACCAGAAAUUUGCCAUAGCCACCUCUACAAAAGUUGAUAUCAGCAAGGUUAAAAUGCCCAAACGCCUGACUGAUGCUUACUUCAAGCAGCAGCAGCUGAGCAAGCCCAGGCAUCAGGAGGGCGAGAUCUUCCACACAGAGGAGGAGAAAUAUGAGAUUACAGAGCAGCACAAGGCCAAUCAGAAAACGGUGGGCUGGUAG